UAUUAAUUGAUAUUAUUUUAACGAGUGAUCGAUCGACCGAAGCCACCUUCGUACAUCCUAUCAUGUGGCUUGUAAUUUUUAGGAAACAAAUUCCCAACAUUCCUCAUUAGUUGUUCAGACGGAAAUAACGAAGAAAAAUUAUAACUGUGCUCCUGUGGCAAGUACAUCGAAUUUAUCGACCACAUAGGAAAAAGGAACGAUGAUGUGGAGAAGAAAUAAAUUGUAUUCUAAAAGGAUUAAUAUGUCCACCACGAUUGUCAUCGGACUGCUCACGAUUUUGUUGGCCACCCAAUCAUCCAACGGCCAAGCCGACCGAAAUCCCUCAGCGACAAUCACGAACUGUCAAGAAGAACGAUUUCCCUCAAUGGCGGUCGCAGAGUGUCAAGUCGGUGAAAAUCCCACAGUGGAGUCUCUGAACGAUAAAGUCGACCAAAUUCCAGCAGUGGAGGUGGUGGACAAUCAAGUCAGCCGAAUUUCUCCAGUGGCACAAGCGGAGAGUCUGUCAGGAUCGUGGAUAUCUGAGCUGUUUUACCAGGCACUGGUUAAUUUUACAGUUCGACACGUCGGCAGCUCCGCUUGCAGGGCCCAAUCCGACAUGUAUGACAGACAUUUGAAGAACCACACUAGUUGGGCUGUCAGAAUGGCGGAAUCCUGGACCCGAUAUCCGACUGGAAUAUUAGCGGGCAACCAAUAUCACAUGGGAAUUUACGACGAAUGUGUAGACGUGCGUCAUCCUGUGAUAGGACAGUAUUGCUUGUCCGAAAUAAAUCUAAGCUCAUUGACGGGCAAGGAUUACAGCUUCAACAAAACGAACGAUCUAGAUGAUUUCGGUAAUAAAAAUGCCUUGAAAACAAUACUCGGGUGGGGUGAUUAUAUGGACAAAGUGAAACGAAACAGACUUCAUUUAGGAAUAUGCAUUCCGGAUGCAUGUUCGGCAUUAGACCUUCAAACUUCAUUGCAAAAUGAACUGGACAGGGUGCUCACGCCAGAAAAUAUCAAGGCCGCCGUGAAGGUGGAUCCGAUAAUGUGCACGGUUAGAGGAGACAUGUAUCCCUAUAACGCAUCAUACUACAGGACCAGAAUGUUUUUUUUAAUGCUCUUUUUUAUUUGUUGCGGCACAACGUUGUACCAUUACAUAAGAAUAUCAUACAAUAAAAAUCCUAAAAAAACCAGUGGAAGUUUCGGUUCAUUUUGUGAUACAUUCUCAUUUAUUGAUUCAAUCAAAGACUUGUUAAAAUUCGAUAAGGACAACGAACUGAAUUCUCUCUAUGGAUUUAAAGUGAUAAUGAUGAUAAACGUUAUAAUGGGUCACAGAUUAUUUUAUAUAUUUGGAAAUCCCAUGAGUAACCCUAAAUUAUUAGAAAGUGCAUAUCACAAUGGUCCUGAUCUUUUAUUGACUAUGGCAAACGUGAUCGAUCCAUUUUUUUUCAUAAGCGGUUAUAUCAUGUAUGUGAACAUUUCUCGGCCAUCUAAAAAAGUUGAAGUAGGAAUCAAAAAAAUCACAUCGCCAAUUAUCAACCGAGUGUUAAGAAUGUUACCGGCGUAUUGCGCGAUGAUGGCGAUCACAGCGCAUAUCGUACCUCACCUCGGGGACGGACCGUUGUGGCCAAAAAUAAUAUGGGAAGAAUCUGAAAUUUGCAAAAAUUAUUGGUGGACCAAUUUAUUGUUCAUAAACAAUUUUCUCGAAACCAAAUACGCAUGCCUCAUAAUUAACUACUACGUGUCGUGCGACGUUCAGUUUUUCACAGUUGGAGUGAUAAUUGUUUAUGCUUACAUGAAAAACUCCAAACUCGGAAUUCGAUUACUUGGUAUAGUACUUGCUUUUUCGGUAUCCGUGCCGUUUGUAGUCACUUUUAUAACGAAAAGAAAAGGAAUGGACAUAUUCUAUGUUCCGUAUAUAGAAAGUAUAAGAUCUUGCAUAACCGUAAAUGAGUCGUACAGAUCAAGCUACAUGAGAGCCACACCUUUCUUUACUGGUUUAGCCACGAGUUUUAUCGUGGAAAAGUUGAAGGAAAACAAAGUGAAAUUUUCCCGUAUCACUGUCUACGGUGGAACAUUCAUUGUUUUCAUGGUUUGUCUUCAAACUCAGCUCUACGGUGUAAAUUUGUACCCUCAACAUAGACCUUAUUAUCCGUUGGAACAUGCUUUGUACUCAGUCGUCACUCAUUGUACGUGGGCAGUAUGGGGCAUGUGGUGUUGCAUUUGUUUGUUCACGACUGGAUAUGGUCACCUUACAUACUUAUUUAACAACAGACUUACAGUGGUUUUGGGAAGACUCUCGUACUCAGUUUUUUUGGUGAACAUCACUGUCCUUAUGAUGUCUCAUGGUACAAUAAGAUCACCGUUUUACAUUUCGGGCAUGUCCGUGGUGGAUGCUUGGAUAUUCGAUAUAGUUAAAUGUUAUGCGGUGGCCUUAGUGUUAUACUUGGUGAUUGAAGCGCCGUUUAAUAAAUUGAUUAAACGGUGGAUUUUAUAAGGGUAAAGAAGAAAAACUACUUUAAAUAUAAAAGCUUAUUAGUGUCUACUAAGUCAUCAAUAAAAAAUAAUUUGAUUAGUUUAUAGCAACUGCUGCGGUUAAGUCUUAUUUAAAAAAUAUAUAUAAAUAACUGAUUAGUGAUAACAGUAUUAAUACUACACGUUUAGGUUUUUAAGAUUUUUUAGAUUUAUGAUUUUUCCAAGUGUUUGCACUUAGUUAAUAAUUUACUUGUGAAUGUGGCUUUUAAUAAUGUUGAACAAUCAAAAUGUAUAAGUAUGUUUAUUUCUGGCAUAAUUAUUUUACUAUUUUUAAUACAUCAAUGUGUAUAUUGUAUUACUUAGCAUAUAUUCAGUAAACCCAAAUUAUUAUUUUCAAGUGGAUUACUUGCAUUCAUCGAUGUAAAACUUAUU